AAAGUCUAAUUGAGAUCUGUCCAUCUGAUGAGAUCUGAAGUCCAUGACACUUGAAUUUUGAAUUAUGGGAUUAGUUUUGCGAUUUGUUUACAGAAUCCAAGCAGGGUAUUUGACGUAGGCUACAUGACAAGCACCGAUUCUUGUCAACAUCUGAUAACUUGUAUGUUGGCCCAUGGGAUUUCACAGAGAACACGUUUGCCGUUGGCAGGUUUUUUAAAUUUUCUUAGAUGAGUUGAGUAUGAGUUACGAUACCCGAUGGGCAUGUACGGAAAUGUAUUGGGAUAUAGGCUAAAGCAGAUGCAGGAAGUUUGAAACAAAACUUCCCCAAUCUCUUCCUCCACCUUAUCUUUCCUAAAGUUAAGUCUGUAGGCUAUCUGUGUUUGCAUUUUUGGCUUACUUUGAAAAUAUGUAAAAAUAAAUGAAGUGAGGUUUGAGGUAUUGCAGGUGCACAUGGCAACAGUAAAAUACCCUUUUGCUAACAUAGGUCUAGCCUACAUGUAGACUACAGACAGCUAGAUAUGACAGCUUUGUCUGCCGCAGUAAAACAAACGGCAUCAUAAAGAGUAGACCACGUAAUUUUGCUUUUUGCCUGACAUUUAUGGUAACGUUAUUGCAAUUCUGUCAUGAGAAUUUGGAAACUACAUUUCCAACAACCACUAGCGUCUUAAUCCUGACAGGCAAUAUUUUAAACCAAUCACAGUGGGGAAUUGCAGUAAAUCGUGCCAAUUAGACACGCUCGUUCAAGAGAAGGCGGGACUCGCUCAGACGGCUCUGAAUCAGGACGGAACGGAUCUCUUGAUGCGCUAAUGCCGAAGGAGCAAUUUCGCGUAGGCCUAUUUAUUUAUCAAUUUUAACUGCCCUUCAAUUUCCGAAACGAUGGUUUCUCACUCUCUCGCCCUGCCCAUGAUCUGUUUCACGACGUUAUGGGCUUUGGUAGGGGUUGUAGCUCCCUUCUUCGUACCCAAAGGACCAAAUCGAGGGGUCAUCAUCACUAGUCUGAUUCUGACAGCGGUGUGCUGUUACCUGUUUUGGCUCAUAGCAAUCCUGGCCCAGGCGAACCCUCUGUUUGGACCUCAGCUGAAGAACGAGACCAUCUGGUACCUCCGCUACUUCUGGGAGUAGAGGGAUGAGGUUUGACCCCUAUGGCUGGACAUCUCUUCCCCGCCCACUCCAUCCCCGCCCCGCCCCCCUCUACAUAUCGUCUGAUACAGUAGUACACACCCCCUCCAACUUUUUUUUCCUAGUCAUUUGUCUCGUCACUGAAAUGUUCCACUGGAACGUUCCACUGAAACAUUCCAGAACAUUUAGAAGCAGCAGAUUGAGUCGGUCUCUUCCUUGAGUAAACGGGGUCAAAACGAGGUGAAUGUGUAGAAAGAGGCGAUGCUUUUAUUUUGAAGGGGUGAUGCUUUUAUUUUGAAGGUUCCUUCCGGUAGAUAGUCACACAUCAACCGCCUGCUGUCACUGUUGCAUGUGACUGAGUCAAAGUGGGGAGACCCACUCAACUGUGUAAAGUGAUGGUGAUGGUUGCCACAGUGACGGGGAGGGGUGGGGGGGAAGGGAGGGAGUGGGCUUUAAAAUAUAUUGUGAUUUAGACGUAUGUUCAUGUUAGAUGUGGAAGUGUUAGACUAAACGGAAGAGUGUAGUGAACAAUGAUGGGCCCAGAGUUGACAUGGAGAGAUCACUGAAGGGAACGUUUGAAUGAUGGGGAUGAUGGUUUUGUCCUCAAGGUUAAUUGUGAUAAAUAACUCAGAAAAUAGAUGAUGUUUUUUUUUAUCAUGGCCGAGUCUGGUUUGUGAACGCCAAGACAUCUAGUCUAAUGAGUUUUCAAGCUUGAGUACAAAAAUCUGAUUGCGAUCCCUAGAUACUGUUAAAAUAUGCUACUGUUUACAUCUAGUUUUAUUAUUUAUGUGUCGUUAAUGAUCCAAGUAUUAAGUUAUGAGUACCUUAUAUGUGUAUGUAAAAUGAUUAUAUUUUUUUGUACGUCCUUAAUCCAUCAUGCUUAAUCUGCACAGUGAAGGGACCAGGGACAGUGAUAAAUGUUAUGCAACUGCAAUAUUGUUAUUAUGACUGUGUGUGAGUGUGUUAGUAAAAGCAGGCUACUUUACAGUGAGUGUGUUAGUAAAAGCAGGCUACUUUACAGUGAGUGUGUUAGUAAAGGAGGCUACUUUACAGUGAGUGUGUUAGUAAAAGCAGGCUACUUUACAGUGAGUGUGUUAGUAAAAGCAGGCUACUUUACAGUGAGUGUGUUAGUAAAGGAGGCUACUUUACAGUGAGUGUGUUAGUAAAAGCAGGCUACUUUACAGUGAGUGUGUUAGUAAAAGCAGGCUACUUUACAGUGAGUGUUUGGCUAGCAGCCAUGGAAGAGAGAGGAAGUUCAAGAGCCUGUUUCACUUCAGACUCCAUUAAACCUGAUCAACACAGAGCUUCUUCAUCAUCCUCAGAUUCCCCUCCACCCCUCAUCUACCCCCCCCCCCCCCCCCACACACACACACACCACCCCCAAGAAACAAGAUCUCUUGAGACAAUACAGUUGUUAAUAAUUAGAGUUAAUGCAAUUAACUCAUACGGUAAAUUGGGAUAAUCUCGUUUUUGUUGCCAUGGUGAUGCCUCACCAAUCCCCCGCCGCCCGCCCCCCCCCCCAUUUCCUCCCAUGCGGGCCCCAUGUCCUCACCUCAUUGGGCCAUGACGGUCGCCUUGACGAUGUCACCUCGGGCCCCUAGUUCCCCGUGCUCGCCGGGUGUGACAGAUCGCACGCUCCUGUGAGCGGCGCUGUCGCUUACAAAAAAAAAGCCAAACCGUAACGGCAGUUGGCCGCCUGUUUGGGAGCGCAGGACGAGCGAGGGGUCGGCGUGACGACCAGACCUCCACCGCCGCUACAGCCUUCCCCCCCAGAGACGCUGCCAAUGGCCUCUGAAAACACUGCUUCAGCCAAAAAUGAACUCAGAUAGAAACUUAGAUCAAUAUAUGUAUGCAGAUGCAUAUAUAUAUAUAUAUUAAAUAUACAGCUACUUUUUAGAAAGACCAAAUUAUGUUGUAUUCUUUCCUUUAGCCUAACCCCUGUAGCGGUGGUAGUGGGACGGUCACAUUCACCAGGGUGGGAGAGGGGGAUGAAGGGGGCAGGGAGGGAGAGAGAGAGACAGGGAGGAUGGGUAGAUAUUUACUAACCAUAUUCGGUUUAUGUCCCCCCCACCCCCCCCUUCCUGGUCACCAUGGAAACAGAAACCCCAAACAGUGGAAUGAAAGAGGUAGAGACGACUAUGUGUGUACAGUAAUGUAGGUUCUGUGUGUACAGUGACGUCAUGGUUGUUCAUUGUAAAACCCAUAGUAAAGGUCUGGAUGUCU